GUCAUGCCACUUUAUAAGAAUCCAUUCCUUGUUCAGCUGAUGAGAAAAUGCUGAUUGAGCGAGAGGAUUGGAAGAAGUGCAAAACUGGUGAUUCUGGAACAUGUUUUAAAAAACCUUGAUUAAGUGUGUUUAAGAGUCAAAAGUGACAAUGAUGGGGAGAUAUUUGUUAGUAGCUCAUAUCGUGCCGUUCAUCUUGGCUAAAAGUGAGGUCCCCGAGAUCCCCGAGACCCCAUUGUUAGCCACAGUUGAAUGGUCCCCGAGUACCGGGUUCAGCAUGAGCAAGGGAUCCCUCACCAAAAAGGCAACCACAGUGGCUUGGGGCAAUUUUACCAAUGCCAUUAACCAAACCGGAUGGAGUUUCUUUGAAGUGGAGACGGAUGCCAGUUUCCCCGACGAGAUCCAGGCCCACGCAGCUGGAUAUCUUGAAGGCCAGUUGACCUCGAAACUUAUCUAUUGGCAUUGGAUCAAUAAUAUGCGAACCUAUUGCCAAGAUAAAGAGGAGCUCUGCCAGAGAAUCGUGAAACAUGUUCACGCCAACACCUUGUGGAUUCAGUCGAUGGUGGAGAAAAAACGGAAGGCGAGAGCCUAUUGGCACCAAGUUGGGUUGUCUUAUGAUCAAUACAACGGCCUUGUGGCUGGUUACAAUAGUUCCACCGACACCGAUAUCAUUCCUCAUGGCCAUCUGUUUUGGUUGAAUCUUUUUGGAGAUAUCAUCGACCUAGAGCAGGCAUAUACCUAUAAAUAUAACCUAACAAAUGACCACCAAAAGGGUGAUGGGCAUUGUUCAGUGUUGAUAAAGGUUUUGCCAAAUGCUAAUGAUCUGUUGCUUGCUCAUGAUACAUGGUUGAAAUACUCAGCUAUGCUCCGUGUAUUGAAAAAGUACACUCUCGGCUAUAAAAUGAGCGGGAGACCUGGCUCCAAAGCAAUUCCUGGCCGCAGUAUGACCUUCAGCUCGUAUCCAGCAACGUUAUUUUCUGCCGACGAUUUCUUCACCAUUUCCAGCGGUUUAGCCGUGACUGAGACUACGAACGAAAACUUCAAUCCCAAGUUGUGGCAAUACGUUAGACCGAAAGGUCAGAUAUUGAAUUUUGCAAGGGUGAUGGUGGCCAAUCGGUUGGCCACAAAUGGGAAACAUUGGACCAAGAUUUACGCCAAGCACAAUAGCGGCACUUACAAUAACCAAUGGAUGGUGGUAGACUAUAAGCGGUUCAAGCCGGGUCGAAAACUGAGAAGCGGCCUAUUGUGGAUUCUGGAGCAAUUUCCUGGUCAUAUACAUGCCGAAGACAUGACGAAAGUGUUGGAGAAGCAAUCGUACUGGUCGAGUUACAACGUCCCAUUCUUCUCCAACAUGUAUAAUUUGAGUCAUUUUGAAGAGCAAAGGAGGAAAUACGGCAACUUCUUUUCGCACGACCAAACUCCUCGAGCCUUGAUUUUCAAGCGCGAUCAGCCGCAGGUGGUGGACCUUAAAUCUGCUAUUAGAUUAAUGCGAUCAAACAACUACAAGACCGACCCUCUCUCCAUUUGUGCAGAAUGUGAUCCCCCUUACAAUGCAGAGUAUGCCAUUUCCGCCCGUAACGAUCUCAAUGAGCGGAAUGGAACGUAUCCAUUAAGUAUUUUCGGGGAAGGUUGCGCUGGCGGAUAUGACAUGAAGAUCACAAACAAGGAUAUGUUUGAAAAAUUAGAGUUCAUUGCCCAAAGUGGACCCACUUUUGAUUCGUUACCCCCGUUCCAAUGGAGCAAAUCGGAUUUCGAUUUUUUGGUCUCACAUGUUGGUCAACCAGACCUUUGGAAUUUUGCACCCAUUCAUCACAUUUGGAAGUUGCCUACUCUUGCGCGUUCUCCUUAAAUAGGCCAAUUCACUGACUGCAUAAUUUGUGGUCUGAGUUAAAACAAUAAACCGUACAUUACCUUGCCUCUAAACA